CCUAGGUAGAUCUGUAGACUUUUGGAAGAAACAUAUAAAGCCUCGCUUCCUGGCAAUAUCAACAAAAUUCUCUUCUCAGGUAUACAUCUCAUCUGGUUUUCCAUUAAGUUUGUCCACUAACUUUACCAUUACCCGGCAUCAUGGGAAUCUGACUAGCUGUCUACCCUCAUUGGCCCAUCGUCCAAACCUUCCUAUCACAUUUUCUGGACUUCGUCUCCUCUUUGGGAGCUGCUCACCCUACACUAUCAUUGUAUCUUGGGAGAUUUCCACACCAACAGUCUAUUUGUGUUAGAUGUACGGAUCUUGGCCAGGUUGUCCUGCCCCUCUUUUACCCCACUCUACGUUCUCAAGUACGGUUCUAGAUCACAAGCACAUAGCUACUAUCUCACUUCUUAUAUCUAUAUCUAUUUAUCUUUUCUCUCCUCUACUUCUCAUAGUUCUGGUUCUUUUCAUCUGACUCAAUUCUCUGUAUUUGACCAUUCAACUUGCUCCCUUUUACUUCCCAAGCAUAUACCUUCAAAAUGGGUGCUUUUAUUCCUCCUUCCCCCAUCGACCCCUCUUUCCAACCCACCACCUCCAUAUCUAAGCUACCAAUUACCACUUCCAUCGAGACCAUCAUCUCUACCCUCGACCGCGAUGGCGGGCUCAUCUUAACCGACCUCCUCACCCCCUCAGAAAUAGCUCAAAUAGCAACUGACACAGCACCAUACACUGGCAUCAACGCAACUCCUCACUCCGGGAUUGCAAUUGUUCCCCAGGAAACACAACUCAUCGGCGGCCUUAUCGCCAAAUCCCCCACUAUGCUCGCCCUUUGCGAACACCCCAUCCUAGUCGCUCUCCGAUCUCGCAUCCUGACAGACGAGGGUUCCAUGCCAAACGAGGAAAUCAAGAAAAACUGGCAUAUUGAACCAUUGCUUUCUCUAAGUGUGAGUUUCCAGAUUCGACAUGGAGCGCCGAGACAGAGGUUGCAUAGAGAUGAUGGGAUUCAUCUUGUAGAUCAUUCGUUGCCAUACAAGUUGGAGAAAGUUAGUCAGUUUGCGUGUUUGGUUGCAGGGGUUGAGACGACGAGAGAGAAUGGCGCGACGAUGUUUGUCCCUGGGAGUCAUAAGUGGGAUGAGAAGAGGCAGCCGAAAUUGGAUGAGAUUACAUUUGCUGAAAUGUCCCCGGGAUCAGCUCUUAUUUUUCUCGCCGGCUCCUACCACGGCGGUGGACACAACAGCGUCCCCAACAGCACCCGUAUAGUCCACGGCCUCUUCUUUUGCCGCGGGACGCUUCGUACAGAAGAGAACCAAUUCCUUGCAAUACCGAGGAGCAUGGUACCGAAGUUGUCGCCGAUGAUGCACUCAUUGCUAGGUUACAAACAGCCAGAAGCUGUAUUAGGGUUGUGGGAGAACGGCGAUCCGAUGAGAGAUUUGGAGGGUGCAUUGAAGGCAGCGAGUUCUUAGGUCUAUAACUAUGCUGGGUCUGGGGUAAAUUCUUGGUUGGAAGCGAGAUUAGGGGGUAUCGGUCAGCACAGUUCCCGAAACACUGAAUCACACUUUGAGUCCUCGAA